GAACUCCAGAAAGAAACUCACCCUUCAAGCCAAAGCUUUGCACCUCCAGGAAGAUCUUCGCCAUGAGACAGUCACUCAUGUCAGUCAUCUUCGCCUCAGCGCUCUUGUUCGAGUGCUAUGCCCUGUCGAUUGCGUUACCUAUGGGCAAGAUGGACGACGGCUCCCUUGAGCAGGAUGCUUUCGCUUCACUGCUGAGCGACGAGGUGACAGACAACAGUCUUGGCGACUCAGAUCUGGCCACUGCGGGCAAAACCAAAGGGCCGAGAAUUAUCAUCAUCGGCAGUCCGAGCCUCUGGAGGGAACUGCAGUCGAUGCACGGCGGACUGACCCUCUACAAGCGGAGAGCUGACGACAACGGCCAGGUAAUCGAGCAUAGAGUAGCCGGCCAGGACCUGAACAUCCCCAUCCUGAGGAGGGACACCAUGAGGUGCAUGGUGGGACGGGUGUACCGACCAUGCUGGGAAGAAUAGGACAUUUUACUCUGCUUCUCUAGGCGCCAAAUCAGAAGACAACCACAAUAUCUUUUCCUGCCUCACACUGAUUGUAACAUAGCCAAAAAUGUAUGUAUCUAUAUUUAAACUACUGCAGAUCUGAGAAUUAAAAACCCUGAACUCUG